AUGUUGGAAUUUUGUUUACCUUAUUUUAUAAUGAAGCACUUCGAUAUAUUUGGUGCAUAAGUGAGUUUAAGUUAUACUAAAGAUAAUUUAUUUAGAACGCCAUUUGGAGGUAGUAUCACAUUCUUUUGCUUCUUCUUUAUCAUAAUCUUAUGCUACACAAGUAUAGCCGAAUUGUUUGCUAAAACAUAAGUAAAUUACACAGUAUCUACUAACUACAAUACUGAGCCAUCUACAGUUAAUCUUGGAGCACUUACUUAAAUGAUUGCAAUAUCAUACGAUUAAACAAAUUUCAUUACUCGUCCUAUGGUCAAUAUUACAUUAUAUUCAGGAUAAAAUCAUAGAUAUCCUAAUGGUACAUUAGUUCAAAAAAGAAAUGCUUUGUAUCUCGAACCAUGUACUCUCAAUCAUUUUAUCAACCUUCCUAGCUAUAACUCAAAUUGGACAUAAAUAUUUUAUGAAUAAAAUUUAUAAGAUUACUUAUGCUUAUAAAAAAACUAAAGCUAUUAAGUUGGAGGUGUUUUUGUCAAUACUGAUUUUUAUUUCUUAAAAUUCUCAGUUUCAGCUUGUAUAAAUUCAACUUCUUAGACUUAAAACCCUUGGAAUCCUGUUUGUGAGUAACCUUCUAUAAUUUAAUAAAGCGUAAAUUAAUACUCGAGAAUUAGAUUUGUGAUUUCAAACAAUAUAUUAAAUCCCGAGAAACCAACUGGCUCUAUCACCUCUUUUCUAGAUUCUAAGAUUUUUAAUAUGCAAUUAGGUUAGAUGUACACAACAGCAAAUAUAUUCAUAAAUUAAUAAAAAAUAACUACAGACGAGAGCGUAUUUCCUAUUUCAAGCUUACAUACAGAAGAACUACUCUAAUUUAGAUAAAGUGAUGUAUAAUAAUAAAAUUCAGUAGGAAACUUUCCUGUCUACGCAGAUUUUUACAUUUAAAGAAGCAAUUACUCAACAAAUGCUUAUAAAAGCUUUUUGAAAUUAGACUAGGUGAUCAGUUAUAUUGGUGGUUUUUGCCAAAUAUUCUUUUUGGUUUCAGCCUUUUUAGGUAUGGUUUUUUUAUCUGUAAGUGAAAAAUUUAAUUAUUUUUUUAACUUAGUAAGCAAAUAUAAUACUUAUAUAUUUUACAAUGAGCUGGCGAAUCGUCUAUAUGAUUUUGAUAUCUAAAAAGAUUAAAAAAGCUAAUAAAAUAAGGGCAGAGCAAAUAAAAUUAAUCCUACAUGUGAAAAUUUGCAUAGUAAAGUAGAAAACUAAAAUUUUUUAUCUCCAAUAAAGGCAAUUUAAAGAAUAAAUAAUAUUUCAAAAGACAAUUAUUUGGCAACUACUCCAAGUCAUUUAGCUCAAAUAAAAAGCUAAUCUUAAUUUAAAGAGAAUAAAUUAGUAAAAUAAAAUGAAAAUAACUUCAAUUAAAAUUAAAAUAACUUAACAAUAUAAAAUGUGGAUGAGCAUAUUAAAACUCUAAAUGACUCUAAUAUACCCUUGUAUCUUCAAAAUAUUGAUGUACCUGGAUUAGUUCAAACAUAAAACUCCAUUUAAAUUAAAUGUCAUAAAAAUAUCACAUAAGGUGAACAGCUAAAAAUACUCAACAAGAAUUCUGAUUCCCCAAAAUGUAUGCAAGCAAACCAAAAUAAACAGAUUUUAAUUUCCAAUCCUUAAUUUAAAACUUAAAAAUAUAUUCAAGAUAUUAAUAAAGAAAAGCUGUAAUUAAGGAAAAUAAAAACAUAGAGUUCCUGCAUUAAAUUUAAUUCAGAAAGUACUCCAGAAUAAACUAAAAAUUUAGUUAAUUAAAGCUUAAUAAUUUCAAAAAAAACUAAUGAUCCACACAAAUUAAGUAAUUCUGCAUAAAUAUUUUUGCAAUCAUAAAUCAAAUAAGUCAUAGAAAGAAAAAGAAAUUUAUUGAUAGACUUUAAAUACUUCAUGAAUUAAUUAACAUGUGGUAAAUUUUUUAAUACUCCUGAAAUUAAAUUACUAAAUAAAGCUUUUAGUUUAGUGAGCUAAGAUCUAGAUAUAUUUACAGUUUUGGAAAGAUAAAAAGAAAUAGAUAAAUUGAAAAAACUCUUCUUAAACGAAGAUUAAUUAGCCUUAUUUAAUUUUUUCCCAAAGCCCGUUAUUAAAAUAGUUGAUGAUAAUGCUAUCUUGAGUCUUUCGUAAAUUAAGAAAGAGGAGGAAGAAAUAGCACAAAGUGUUAAGAUGAUACAAAAAAAUAAGAAAAAUAUAAGAACUAAAAUAAAAAAUUUUGGAAUAAUAGUAAAGGCUAUAAUUAGAUUUAAGUAAGGAAGAAAAGCUAAAGUUUCUUGUUACUAAAAACUAUUCAAUCAUUAUCAGAAUCUUUCUGAACAAACAACUGAAGAUGAUUUUUAGUAGAAACUGAACAAAAACUUGAUUAACCUUCUUGGAAAAGAAAUGAAAGAAAUCUUUUAAAUGACAGAUAAAAUUUAGUAAAAACGUGAACUAUACCAGAAACAAUUAAGACCUUAACAAAAUAGUUAACCUUGCUAAUUAGAACAAACAGUUGAAAAGUUCGUUAAUGAUAUUGAGCCAUAUCAAAAUAAUCACUUUUAGUAUGAUUGUGUCUAAAAAUUAUAAAAUGAUAACAACGAAUUUGGUUUAAAUUAAAACAGCAUAGAAAAGUAUCCACAUAAACUCAACUAGGCAGGAUUAAUUCUUUUUACAGAUAAUGAAAACAGCUUUUAAUUUUCUUUAAGCUAAAAAAAUAACUAAUUGUAAAUGAAUUAAUAAUAAUGA